ACCAGCCAUACUUUGAUGAAUUUGCCCCCUAGUCGUACAGUCGCAGCCAGCAUGACUGGGUACUACAUUGGCAGACUUAACUUUUUAAAGAAGGUGGGCUACCGUAACUAAAGCGUUGUUAUAUGUUGUAAAGUAAAAAGGAAUUCGGAGGGUCACAUAUUAAUAGAUUUCACCACCCAAUGAAGACUGAAAAACAACAAUUGCCCCCUUGCCAAGGCGGUGAUGCCGCAACACUGCUAUUCCUCAAUACGAAAUGAGCACCAACAAAAUCCACUGACCAAUGAAGUGUGCAGGGAGGUGACUACAUGAGACAGAGAAGCGACCCAGGCCUCUCUACGUCUCCUCCCCGUCUCCCAGGCUCGGUGCCCCCUCCCGGCUGGGGCGCUAGAAGCUCGGGAUGCCGGCGUGUUGCCCGCCGAGGUACCGGCUACUGGACUUGGUGUUCGCGCUGGGAGGGACACUGACCUUUUUGCUGGACCUGGGCUCUGAUGUAUGGGGGGCGCUGGCGUACUACAGGGCCGGGGAUGUGGCCUGGGCCGCUCUGUUAAUCGGCUUCUAUGGGAUGGCCUCGCUUGUCCUGCAGCUCCAUAGCUGGGGUUGGUUCUGGACCGACAGACGUAGCGGGAACAUUUGGGAGCUGCCCCGGGACCCCCCGCACAGGGCGGGAAGUGGAUCUGCCAGUACUUAUACUGAGAGGGGUCCUGGGGAGCUGAACGCACGGGAAAGCGCUAGUUGUGGGUAUGGUGCCCCUGUCACGGAGCUGGACUCUCGGUGGGCGGGAAAUGGGCACACUGGGCAUGAGAUGGCAGGCAACACGGAGUGCCCCGGGGAUAACUGUACGGGCGGGCCUUGUCCCAGUAGUGAAAGUUCAGCCCCGGUGGCUGCUCACAUACCAGCCGAGCCCACUAUUCCCGGUAAGGCCAACGCUUCUUGCUUACAGGCUACGGCUGGUAAUGGGGAUGUGUGUGCUGGGCACGAAACCAGGUACCCCGGGAAUAGCAUGUGCCCCCCGGCUCCAGAUGAGUGCGCAACAAGUUGCAAUGCUAUAGAUAUAGCGGCACUUCCUGGCAAGGGAGAGGAGAAGCCCCCAGGGGAUGCCCAUACACUGACUGAGCAACUUCUCCAGCACUUCUACACGUCUCGCCACCUCUUCAGCCCUCCAUGCCUUGCCCUCCUGCACCUGCUCCAGCUGGGAUACCCCCUCAGGUGCAUCCAUUCAUUGGAGGUGGGAAUAGCUGCAUACAGAAGCAGUGAGAACAAUCCAACUUAUGACAGGUACCAGGAAUAUGCCUACUUCCUUACUCAUGAUAUCAGCAUGAUGAGGCUUAUGGAGACCUUUCUGGAGAACACUCCUCAAUUAAUUCUGCUGCUGUAUAUUGUCUUACACAGAGGCACAAUAUACACUUUCCAGUAUUUUAGCAUUUCCAUCUCCUUUAUCUCCAUAAGCUGGGCCAUUCUGGACUACCACCAGUCAUUAAGACUCUUCUUAAAAGAUAAGCAGAGUAUGAACAUCCUGUCAUCAAUCAUCUACUUCCUGUGGAACUUGCUUCUCAUCUUCUCCCGGAUAGUUUGCAUCACUUUGUUUAUAUCAGUCUUUCACCUGUGGGUUGCUUUGCACUUUUUGCUCCUGUGGAUUGCUUUCUUUUUGUGGGCGACCUGGCAAAGCACAGACUUUAUGAGGAACAGGAUCUUAGAACAUUUCUUCAGGGCUACAGUAGCUGUGAUAUUGUACUUCUCCUGGUUCAAUAUUGCUGAUGGGAGAACUAUAUAUCGAUGCAUUGUCUACUAUUGCUUUAUAACCGCAGACUCUGUGAUUUUGUUCAUGUCUUGGAAGAUUUUUAAGUUUCCGUCUAUUUUAGAUGAAUAUGAAACAUAUCUUCUGUAUGUGCUGGCAGUUUUUUUCCCUGUAGGUAUCCUGUUCAGAGUCCUGUAUUAUCUGUACCUCCACCCUAACUUACAGAAGAAGAAGAAGAAGAAAGAGAUGUAUGAUGAGCCAGAUGGAUUAAUGAGUGAUGCAAAUGGCUACCGACUUCUGAAGAGGGAACCUGUAAUGCUUAAGAAUCCCAGAAUUAUCCAGUUAUCUAUGCAGCUAAUGUGACUACCAUGGUUGUAUUAACAAGGUAUCAGAGACUCUGCUUCUCUACUGGCUUAUUUCUAUGUAAAUUAUAAUGAGUGGCUAUGUCUCCCCCUAACACAUUUUUAGAAUCACAGCUUGAAUUAGGAGUACUGCAAUUACAUAAUCCUUGCUUACAGUUGGAGGGAUAUGUACUUUUUACUGGAUGCUGAUAUGGCCACAGUACAGAACGAUGUUCAGUUUACCUUGGCUCAAUGUGAAUAUGGUAAAGAAGUUGGAUGAAUGAGUGAGCAAGUACAAUGGGCUUUAGAUAUUAAGUGACUGUAUAGUUUAAGCCCAACACAACUAACUCCAUGUACAUAUUGUUUAUAUAUGUAUGCAGGUAUUAUAAAUCUGGUAUCUUAUUUGUAUGUAGGUGUGUAGUUUUCUUAAAGUAUUUAUAUUUUUGCCAAAGACACUUCUUAAAAAUCAAUAGUGGAAGAGCAGUUUGUCAGUUUAUAUAAGCUUUGGGUUUGCCACAUACAAUUAAUAUUGAUUUGUAUUAAUCCUAUAAGAAAUUGUGACAGGGAAAUAUAUAUGAAGCAGAGGCUUCUACAUUGGAAUGUAAGAAUGCAUCCAAGCUCAUGUCCUUGAUUCUCACUGAUGGAAAGUAACAAUACACCAUAUUUUUUUUACUACUAACUGAAUUUUUUAAUCCACCUCAUGCAAAGGUUACAUACUUGUCUCAUUUGUGUGCAAUCUGCUCUGUUAUAUACACACUAGUACUGGUGGGCUUGGAUGUAAGUUGUGGCUCUCUUUACACCUACAGCAUGAAGAUCUGUCAAGUACUAUAAAGUU